GUAAUCAAGCUCUGUCAAGAUGUCCGACAUUAUCAAAGACAUGAUGCGUCAGGUUUGGCAGAUCCCGCGCGGGACCAAGCUGGGACCGGAAGGGAGGAAGAACCCGGACAAUUUCCAUCACUACCGCAAAUGGGGUUUCACCAUUUACCGUACCUACUACGGUGAAGAGUCUGAAAAGCAUUGGCAAGCGCUUUUAUACUCUUUAAGACAUCAGACUAAGCUGGCAUUUGGAGCCUUUGAGGACGACGAGGAAACAGACCAAGUUGAUAGGCGACGAGUUCAGGAAUUAUUUUAUCUAGAUGUCCGGGAGGAUCCCUCUCGGCUGGAUGGUCUCGAUGUUCGAGGUCUUAGGGAAUUCUGCAACGCCGAAAAGCUCAAAGAGACUGAAGUUGUAGAGAAAGCCAACUACAAGUACCGCGUGAGCACAAGGCCCCACGAGAGUCGAGCUAUGGCAGAUUAUCUGUUCAAUUAUGUUUUGCUCGCUGAUGAAGCUGUUUUGAAAGAUAUAGAAAAAGGUGAAUUCGUUGUUAAGGCUAUCUCAUUGUCGUGGUUUGAUGGUCACUCGGGAUGGGGAUGGGCGAGGAUCCCGACGGGCUAUCUGUUGCAGUUGUGGACAUUUCUGAUGUGGAAUAAAUACCGGACUGAGUUCUGUAUUAGCUUCCGAGGAUCUGAAGAAGAUCUUGCGGACAGUGUCUGGCCUGGGGAUAUGGCACUUUUGGACACAGGGAGAUGCUCGGAAAUUCGCGAAUGGCGUUACUAUAGUGGCCAAAAGGAUGACAUGUGGUAG